GGCCUGGAAAGGACUUUUGUGGAUCCUCCUUUCUAACCCCUUGAAACACAAAGCACAGCUCUUCCUGCAUACCAGCAUUGUCCAUACAUGGCAGGGCUCUGUUCCUCUCCUGUUGCUGAUCUGCUCCUGUCACUGAUCUGCUCCUGGCUUCCCUUUGGUGAGUUCAUUAUUGGCCGUGUUAUUAAAGCUAUGAACAACAGUUGGCACCCGGAAUGCUUCUGCUGUGAUAUCUGCCAACAAGUAUUGGCAGAUAUUGGAUUUGUCAAGAAUGCUGGCAGACAUCUCUGCCGUCCCUGCCAUAACAGGGAAAAAGCCAGAGGCCUGGGAAAGUACAUUUGCCAGAAGUGCCACGCCAUUAUUGACGAGCAGCCCCUCAUUUUCAAAAAUGAUCCCUAUCACCCUGAUCAUUUCAACUGUGCAAACUGCGGGAAGGAACUUACUGCUGAUGCUCGUGAGCUGAAGGGAGAAUUAUAUUGUUUACCCUGCCAUGACAAAAUGGGCGUCCCCAUCUGUGGAGCAUGUAGAAGACCAAUUGAAGGACGUGUGGUGAAUGCUAUGGGCAAACAGUGGCACGUGGAGCAUUUCGUUUGUGCAAAAUGUGAGAAGCCAUUCCUGGGUCAUCGUCACUACGAGAGAAAAGGCCUGGCCUAUUGUGAAACCCACUACAAUCAGCUGUUUGGUGAUGUAUGUUUCCAUUGCAAUCGUGUGAUUGAAGGAGAUGUUUGGUUCCUGGAGAUAUUGACCUAUCUGUCACAGGCACCUGUCUUUUGAAAAUAGAGGCUGAUAAUAAUUUCACAAAACCAGGAAGGAAUUGUACCUGAAAAGAUCUGUGAAGCCAUAACUGGAAGCGCCUUAAUUUUGAGGUGGAGUGAUUGUUUUGUAGCUUUUUGGACUAUCAUCAAUGAUAAAAUGCCAUAAGGCAAAUCAUUCCACGUGCAGUCACAUUAUUUUAUUCCUAGCUACACCUGCCUGAAGUAAACACUGUAACACAUCUUAGCCUCACCUAAGCCAAAGCCAUUCUCGAAGUGGGAGGAAGCCUCUGCUACAUGAAAGGAGCCAUAAAGUAGUUCACAGCCAUGUAAAUAUAGGGUGAGACCUACAUUCCAGAAUUGUGCUUUCCCCACACUUUGGGACUGGACUCUGCCUGCAGAACAACAAUCCAGAAGCGCUGUCCUCUGCACUGAGAUCCUGAAUGAAGAGAACUGGGGCUUGGAGUGAAUGAGUAAAUGCAGCCUUGUCUGAUC